CUCAUCAAAACACUGGGCCCUGGAAACAUGAGGAUGAAUGCAAGAUGGUGCACAUGUUGAAACUAAACUGGGAAGCUAUUCCUGGAUUUCAGCACUGGGGAAACCAAUCUAUGCACCAAAAAUGUCUAAAGCUGGAACCAAGAUUACUUUCUUUGAAGACAAAAACUUUCAAGGCCGCCACUAUGACAGCGAUUGCGACUGUGCGGAUUUCCACAUGUACUUGAGUCGCUGCAACUCCAUUAGAGUGGAAGGAGGCACCUGGGCUGUGUAUGAAAGGCCCAACUUUGCUGGGUACAUGUACGUCCUACCCCGGGGCGAGUACUCUGAGUACCAGCACUGGAUGGGCCUCAGUGACCGCCUCAGCUCCUGCAGGGCUGUCCGCCUGUCUAGUGGAGGCCAGUAUAAGAUUCAGAUCUUUGAGAAAGGGGAUUUUAAUGGUCAGAUGUAUGAAACCACUGAAGAUUGCCCUUCCAUCAUGGAGCAGUUUCACAUGCGAGAGGUCCACUCCUGUAAGGUGCUGGAGGGUGCGUGGAUCUUCUACGAGCUGCCCAACUACCGUGGCAGGCAGUACCUCCUGGACAAGAAGGAGUACCGGAAGCCCAUCGACUGGGAUGCGGCUUCCCCAGCUAUCCAGUCUUUCCGCCGCAUUGUAGAGUGAUGAUACGGAUGCAGCCAUAAGCUUCUUCUUGGGGCCAAAUGCUGCCUGGCCUUGUCGUCCAAAUAAGCAUCAUAAAU